CGCACAUAAUACGGCGGCACAGGCUUGAGGGAAGGUAUAAAUGCAGUGCUUCUGGGGCCAUUGAGACAACCAGAACCUGAACCCGGGACCUGAGACCCAGAGCAGACCUGAAGGAAGAGCUAGAGCCACAGACAUGGGAUCCAACGGAGCAAACCUCAUCGCCUACGCCGCUCUCACCGCCCUGUUGAUGCUGGUCGCCGGGGGCAGCCAGGCCGCCCCGAUGGAGUGUCACUUUGACUCAAGAGCGCAGUGUGGCUUUGAGGGGAGGAACUACACCAUGGGGGAGACCUGGAUGGACAACGCCUGCAUGCAGUGCACCUGCCUCCACCCUAUGGGUGUGGGCUGCUGUGAGACGGUACACCGGCCAGUGGACUUCCCCGCGGGAUGUGAGGUGCGCGUGGAAGCGGUUACGUGCAAAGUGUCCCUGGUGCAGGCGGCCGACCCCCGUCUGCCCUGCAUCCCCGGGGAGAACCACCUGCUGGACCCCAGCCAUGGGGCCCUAAAGCUGGGGGAGUAGCGAGCCGGCACAGCCCUGUGUCUCCACGAGAUGGACACUUCUACGGUCAAAGUUUCUCAAUGAUGUAUUCUGCAUGGUCUGGAACCUUUUCACAUUAAGAGUGUUUAAAAAUAUAUUAUUACUAUACUAGUCUUAAAGUUAAAAUGUAACCCGAAAUGAGGAUUCGGUUAUUACAGAUUAGCUAUGUCUUAGCUUAACUUCAAAUCAUUAAUGAUAAGGGAAUUAUGUUGAACCAAAUGCUGCUCAAGUGAUUUUUUUUUGUUUUUGUUAUAGAUGGCUUAUGGGCAAAGUUAUGUGCAGUGCACCUUAAAAUGUCCAAAAGUUUGCUACAUUAUGAUGCUAGAUCUUUUCACAAACUUGUUGCUAUACACCUUUAUUAUAAAAUGCUGUUUAGGGUGUAUGUGUGAUACUGUUUAAGGAGUGGUAAAAACGAAGUAAAUCUUUACUCAAGAAA